AUGGCUUCUGGUAUGGAGGAUCAGAAAGACCAACUGGCUGAGUCCCUUGAUGACCUUUUUACUAGUGUCUCAACCAUGAUCAAAGGAGAGCUUCAGGGAACAAACAAUAUACUUGAGCUCUUGGAGAAAAUGAAUGUAAGAGUAGCAGAAGAAUACAAAGGCUUUGGUGAUGUGGCGUCGGGAUUAAGAGUAUUUGUGGAGCAGUUGAAAUCCAAAAGCAAUAGCUUUGACGAGUAUGUUCAGCAGAUUGAUGCUAUAGAGAGGCAAGUUACAGAAUUUGAAGCUGUGAUUUCAAUGCUUGAUAAACAUGUUUCAUUACUAGAAUCAAAAAUGCAAUCUGUUUACCAGAUUCCACCAUCAUAA